GCAAUAUGGCCGAAUCGAACUGCCAUGAAUACAUCUUGCUGUAUAAACAUCAAAAUAUCGUUUUUGUUGUUGUGGACCUUGCUUGUAAAAUAAUUCGCAAUUGAACAGCAUCGGUUACGCGAACGUGUUUUGUACUGAAUCCGACAAUUAUCAUUGAAUUAUUGUCACACUGACCCUUUGUUGAUUGGAGCGGCGUGACCAGUUUGUCGUAUGUGCUUUUUCAAAGAUGGCGUCGCUGAACGAGCAGAGUUUUGAACGUAAGCUACAGAAUGUCAACACGACCCAAGAUAGCAUCCAGACGCUCUCACUGUGGUGCAUACACCAUAAAAGCCAACAUAAAAAGAUAGUUAAUCUGUGGAUGAAAGUAUUGAAAAAAUCCAAAUCUGCACACAGACUGUGUCUGUUUUAUCUCUGCAAUGAUGUGGUUCAGAAUAGCAGAAGAAGGGGAGCGCCUAUAUUUCUUGAGACCUUCAAGGAUGUACUUGAAGAAGCAGCCUCAUUGGCAAGGGACCCAGCCAUCCGACCGAACAUUCUGCGCAUAUUUACUAUAUGGGAAGAGCGGAGUGUCUUUGAUAGUGAAUUUGUUGAGAAGUUGCAUGCUUCUGUGGUGAGUUCAAAGGUCAGAAUGCAGAAAGUUAGCACACGAUUUUUAGCCGAUUUCAGACCGCAGACAGUUACAGAAGGAAUUGAGAAGUUUCAUCGAAUGGAAAGUGAACUUGAACUAAAACAAAAGCAGCUUACAAACUUAAAAGUUGAUGUAACAGAUACAGAGGCUCUGAGACAGCUGAAAGCUGCAGAACCGAUCAAACCCACUGCCAGUGCUGCAAGAACUUUGACCAAACCACGUCCUUCAGCAGCUGACACUAAACCUGUGAGUAAAACUGGAUAUGGACCAAUACCUACAGUUACAGGUGUGACGUUUUCAUCGUUUAUGUCUGGUGGUCUACCUUCCACUGUGUUGCCAACAUCAGCUGAAUCUACACCUGUCCACACUAUGUCCACAGUACAGGCGUCUAAUAUUGUAGCGUACUCGCCUUCAUCUAAUACCUCAGCGCCAUCACCUGUAGGCUCUCCUGUUGAUCUUCUGCUCUCACCUAAGCCGAACACGAAGACAAAUCCGAUCGUACCAGCCGCUGGAUCAAACGUGAACACUGUGGAUAGCAAGAACUACAGUUCGUCACUUAGCCUGGGUUCUGGAAUGUUAGAUUUGGAUUCCCGGUUGCAACAGGUCAUGCAGAAUGCGCCCAGUUUACCACAGUCUCUGUUUCAUUCUCCAACACGCUCCGGUCAGAGCCCAAGUAUUUCAACUCCGCCUUCUCAGAGAACCAUGAUCCAAACACAGUCUUGGGGGGAUUCACCAAUAUCAGUGACGAGACACCUGCCAGCACUGUCAAGUCCAGCUACAUCAACCAGUGGAGGACUAACACCAUCUCAGAUCUUAGGACUGGUUCAGGCCAAUACACAACAACCUGGCAAAACUGAGCCUGGUAAAACAACACCUUCUGGAACUCCGCUUAGAGAUGAGGGAGGAACGCCUGUUCAGGAUGAAGACACAAAAGUACCCUCACAGUCGAAUCCCAUAGAUUUUCUCUCACAACUGAUCACAUCAACAAGAAAUGCACAAGGGGGGAAUACGAGUUCUAAUUUCCUUAGUGGGUUAGCCGCUCUCACAGAAACCAUGAAAAGUGCAAUGAGAAAACAACAAUUGGGGGGCUCAAAAUCAAAUUGGCCUGAAACUGAGGGUGGUUUUCCUCCACUGGGACUCGAUCCAAAUAAUCCACUGUCUGAAUCCAUAGCAUCUAUUGCGACACAUAGCCUUACAUCUACCGCAGCCUCCAUUAUGACAUCAGCUUCAACACAUGUACUGACAACUCCACCGACAAACAUACUGACAUCACAACCACCACAGACUCUGAAAUCACCCGCGUCCAUGUAUACCCAAGCAGUUCCAACAUCAUUUCCGCCUCCAGUAGUAUCACCUGUUCAAUUGUUUUCUCCUACUGGCAUGUUUCCUGAACCGAUAUCGGCAAUGCAAACUCCUCUUGGACAGAUGCCAGUUGUGGUAUCCACUGUUCUUACAUCAACGAGUACAGCAUCAACUGCAGCAUCAAUUGACAGCAUCACACAAAACCCUGUGGCUUCUGAUCACCAUUCUGGAAUGGAAAAUUCACACGAUGUUCAAAGCAUUAUACCGGUGUCAUCGAUAAACCAAUCAGUAUCUGCCGCAGUCAGCAUGUCUGAAAACAUUACAACGAAUUACCCCACGACUGCCCAACAUGAAAGCUUUGAUACACUAGCUGUGUCGGUUUCUCAACCGUCAACAGAGGAACAGCCUGAGCCUCAAAUAGAAACAAUGGAAAACAGUAUCCCUGUAGUUGAGCCAACAUCUCCAAUACCUGUACUUGGAGGUAGCCGUGGUGGUUUUCCGCGCCAGCAGAGCAGCCUACAGAUGCUGUAGGAUUAGAAGCAUCGAGUCAGAUAAAAAUACAAGAGACUUCUCUUGGAGGUGGUGAUACAAACUCAACAUUGUCAGCUGACACAGAAGGUAACCCGAUUCCAUCGUAUUCUGUUAGCGCAGUCCCAAGUUUAACAUCAGUGUAUGGCACACCUCAAAUGAGCUCUAGUCUUGGCAAGCAGGAUUAUGGACAGAGUAAUCAGAUACAACCUGCAAGCUUCAGCGCCCAGAGUUUUACUCCUGUUCAACCGAUUGAGCGACUUGACAGGACAUACGAUAACAGACAAUCGAUUAAUGUUGUGCAGCAAAAUGCCCUGGAUCCAACAGAAUAUGCCCGACUGUAUGGUAGAUCAUUUAACCAAAAUAGUAACUUUCCUCAGCGUGAUUACGACCCGUAUAGGCGAGGGGCUGCAAUAAGUACGCUGGAUCGCAGUAGACAAUACUCGGCAUCUUGGAGGGGGGAUUCCAGGUAUGCGAGACAUGAUCCGUACUACGACUUUGAUUAUCGGUACCAUCCACAGGGAGGUCCUAGAAGGAUGCGACCGUACAGAUAUUAAAGUUAGAUUCAGUACCAAAAAAGUUUUAUAUAUUAAGAGACGCAUUCAUGGUUGUCAACUUUGUUGGUUAACGUACUCUGGAUAGUUUAAUAGUUUUAAAUUUUAAUCAUGUGUAUUUCACAGCGAUGUAAAUAUUUGAUAGCGUACUAUGUGCAAAUUCGCAUUGUAGUAAAUUCUAGAGUUGUUCUCUCAGUCAAAAAUAAACACAUUUCCCCUGUAUAUCUUCUCCAUCCUGAAACUUGCAGGUUUAAAACUUUCCUUCAAGUUUUUUUCUUAUUUUUCCCAUAAACAGAAUUGCAUUUUAUUGUUUCUUUCCACCUUUCAGCAAUAGCUUAUAUUGUUUUUUUUUUGUAAAAAAAAAGUUGCGUGAAGUUUUUGAAAGCUACCAGAGAUAUGGACAUUUUUAGAAAUAAUCUUGUGUUUACGGCACAGGCUCCCUGCAAGUUUUCGUCUUGCUUGCUGUGACUGGAUUUUCAUCAAUACAAAUGUAAGGAACAUUAUUAAGACAUGUACUUUUGAUAGAAUCUGAGACGAUAAGAAUGAAAAACUUUUCUACAGUCCAACCCAUGCUUUGUAUCAACAUUCCAUACGCAUGUAUUAACUCGCACAUGUUUUCACCAUCCUCCUCUAGUUUCUCAGUUAAGAAAGGAUGUCCCAGAAUGCAUUUGGAUCAGUCUCAUGACUCCAUGUCUAUUAUUUUAUUAAUAAAUCAGUGUUAUCAAUUGUUUUCAAUUGUAAAGCAACUACAAUCUGAGUUUGUUCAUC